CCACAGGGGGCGGACUCUGCGGCGGCCUGGAAAACUGGCGGGGGCGCGAGGCGCCGCUCUCUCUCGGGUCAGGCUCUCGGCUCCCGGCUCCCGGCUCUGGCUCCCGGCGCCCGGCGCUGAGCCGCUCCUCGCACGACGCGCCGCCGAGGCGGGCGGGUGUACGGACGCGGGGGCCAGCGUCGUCGGAUCCGCCCGCAGUCCGCAGCCCGGCUGAGCCCGGAGGCCGCCCGGAUGGAGCCGCCGCUCCCGGUCGGAGCCCAGCCCCUUGCCACUGUCGAGGGUAUGGAGAUGAAGGGUCCUCUCCGGGAGCCCUGCGCUCUGACCCUAGCCCAGAGGAACGGGCAAUAUGAGUUAAUAAUCCAGUUGCACGAGAAGGAACAGCAUGUUCAAGAUAUCAUUCCUAUAAAUAGCCACUUUAGAUGUGUUCAAGAAGCGGAAGAAACUCUUUUGAUUGAUAUAGCUUCAAACAGUGGCUGCAAAAUUCGGGUUCAGGGGGACUGGACCAGAGAGCGCCGCUUUGAAAUCCCUGAUGAGGAACACUGUCUGAAGUUCCUCUCAGAGGUCCUUGCUGCUCAGGAAGCUCAGUCACAACUUCUUGUUCCAGAGCAAAAGGACUCAUCCAGCUGGUACCAGAAAUUAGACACUAAGGACAAACCUUCUGGUUUUUCAGGGAUUCUUGGAUUUGAGGAUAAUUUUUCAUCUAUGAAUUUGGACAAGAAAAUAAAUUCACAAAAUCAGCCUAUGGGGAUUCAUCGGGAACCCCCCCCCCCGCCCCCUUCAGUGAAUAGAAUGCUUCCACGUGACAAAGAAGCUUCUAACAAGGAGCAGCCCAAAGUGACCAACACCAUGCGGAAGCUCUUCGUACCCAAUACCCAGUCUGGACAGCGGGAGGGUCUCAUCAAACAUCUCCUGGCAAAGCGAGAGAAAGACUAUGUCAACAUUCAGACUUUCAGAUUUUUUAUUGGAACUUGGAACGUGAAUGGCCAGUCUCCAGAUAGUGGGUUAGAACCUUGGCUGAACUGUGAUCCGAGCCCUCCUGAUAUCUACUGCAUUGGAUUCCAAGAACUGGACUUGAGCACAGAAGCCUUUUUCUACUUUGAAUCUGUGAAGGAACAAGAGUGGUCCAUGGCUGUGGAGAGGGCUUUGCAUUUCAAAGCCAAGUAUAAGAAAGUUCAACUAGUCCGCCUUGUUGGGAUGAUGCUCCUGAUAUUUGCCAGAAAGGAUCAGUGGCGAUAUAUCCGCGAUAUUGCUACAGAAACAGUUGGAACUGGAAUCAUGGGGAAAAUGGGAAACAAAGGUGGGGUAGCUGUGAGAUUUGUAUUUCACAACACUACCUUUUGCAUUGUCAAUUCCCACCUGGCUGCCCAUGUGGAGGACUUUGAGAGAAGGAAUCAAGAUUAUAAGGACAUCUGUGCAAGAAUGAGUUUUGUGGUCCCAAAUCAGACUCUCCCGCAGCUGAACAUCAUGAAACAUGAUGUUGUCAUCUGGUUGGGAGAUUUGAACUAUAGACUUUGCAUGCCUGAUGCCAAUGAAGUGAAGAGUCUUAUUAACAAGAAUGACCUUCAGAGACUCUUGAAAUUUGACCAGCUAAAUAUUCAGCGCACACAGAAAAAAGCUUUUGCCGACUUCAUUGAAGGGGAAAUCAAAUUUACCCCCACUUACAAGUAUGACUCUAAAACAGACCGAUGGGAUUCCAGUGGGAAAUGUCGGGUUCCAGCCUGGUGUGACCGAAUUCUUUGGAGAGGAACAAAUGUUAAUCAGCUUCAUUACCGGAGUCACAUGGAACUGAAAACCAGUGACCACAAGCCUGUUAGCGCCCUCUUCAAUAUUGGGGUGAAGGUUGUGGAUGAACGGAGGUAUCGGAAAGUGUUUGAAGAUAUUGUACGCAUCAUGGACAGAAUGGAAAAUGACUUCCUUCCUUCCUUAGAACUCAGUAGGAGAGAGUUUGUGUUUGAGAAUGUGAAGUUUCGGCAACUACAAAAGGAGAAGUUCCAGAUCAGCAACAAUGGACAGGUUCCCUGCCAUUUUUCUUUCAUCCCUAAACUUAAUGACAGCCAGUACUGCAAGCCAUGGCUUCGGGCUGAACCUUUUGAGGGCUACUUGGAGCCAAAUGAGACAGUGGACAUUUCUCUUGAUGUGUAUGUCAGCAAAGACUCUGUGACCAUCCUGAACUCAGGGGAAGAUAAGAUUGAAGAUAUUCUUGUCCUUCACCUGGAUCGAGGCAAAGAUUACUUCUUGACCAUCAGUGGAAAUUACCUCCCAAGUUGUUUCGGGACAUCCUUAGAGGCUUUGUGCCGAAUGAAAAGACCAAUCCGAGAAGUUCCUGUUACCAAACUCAUAGACUUGGAAGAAGACAGCUUCCUAGAAAAGGAGAAAUCCCUUCUUCAGAUGGUUCCCUUGGAUGAAGGUGCCAGUGAGAGACCCCUUAAAGUCCCCAAGGAGAUCUGGCUUCUGGUAGAUCACUUAUUCAAAUACGCCUGUCACCAGGAGGACCUGUUCCAAACCCCUGGAAUGCAGGAGGAGUUACAGCAGAUCAUUGAUUGUCUGGAUACCAGCAUUCCCGAGACAAUCCCUGGCAGUAAUCACUCGGUGGCUGAAGCACUGCUCAUUUUCCUGGAAGCCCUGCCAGAGCCCGUCAUCUGUUAUGAGCUUUAUCAGCGAUGCCUGGACUCUGCUCAGGAUCCUCAGAUCUGCCGACAGGUGAUUUCCCAGCUUCCAAGGUGCCAUAGAAAUGUUUUCCGUUACUUGAUGGCAUUCCUUCGAGAACUCUUAAAAUUCUCUGAAUACAACAACGUCAGCACCAACAUGAUUGCCACUCUCUUCACUAGUCUUCUCCUAAGGCCUCCACCCAACCUCAUGGCCAGACAGACUCAAAGCGACCGCCAGCGUGCUAUCCAGUUCCUUCUGGGUUUUCUGCUUGGAAGCGAUGAAGACUGAUAAGUCUUUUCCUCUUACUACUCUCCGAGAUUCUAGAGACAGAAGAUCUCGGGCACCAAGUAUUUCAGAAUGAUUUGAAAGUCAUGCCACAGGAAGGGUCUAUUGCAGAUUUUCGAGGCUGCUGGCGUGAAAAAGUUCUGUUUCUAGUGCAAAAGGAAAAGAGUCUCCUAAUCCCUCCCCUACCAUAUCCUACACAGCAAAAUACUUUUAGACUUAUAUUGCCAAGCCAAAGUUACCAUAUUUUGGUGUUUUUGUGUUCUCUUUAUAAGGCAAAGAGAUCUGUAUUUAUACUCCUUUACCUGGGGAUGUGUUUGUUGCCCUCCUUCCCAACUGUCAUUAUUGUCCUUAGCAUCCUAGGCCUACAUUCUGAGAUGUUCCCAUUCUAGGCCUACAAGCACUACUUACUGUAGCUCAGACUUGUCUGUAGUCCUUUGUCUAAAGCACUUUUGCCCCACCUCCUCCCUUUGCACUCCACUCCACUAGUACUAUCAUGUCGAAGGCAGUCUGAGUGAGGCUAGUGACUCCUUGGGUGUCCCCAAUAGUGAGUUAACCAUCUACACGUGGUUGUUACAUGCAUUUGUGCAUUUCUACUACGGUGCGUCUGUAUGUCUGUGUAACAUUGGCCUUUUCGUGGAUCUGCACUGGGUGGAACCAUAUUCUCUUGUCUCAGACCAUAUUUAGUAGCAGAACUUUAGGAACUACUAGAGAUGACAUCCCAUCGAUGUGAGAAGAAUCACAAUCAGAGUGGAAGCGCUUUGGGUAUUUUAAGAGUGAGAAUGUUCAUGUUUGACAAGUCCUACUUCCUACCAUCCAUUUCUGUUCUUAUUUAAAUUUCACAUGAGAUCUAAUCCUGGGUGUCUGUGGGACCCAUCCCCCACUUAGAAAUCCGCCUCCGGAGCAACACUUGCACCACAGUAAAAAAGGGAGUCUGCACCUCAAGUGAGCCUCUCUAGAGAUACUGCUCCUCCCCCCAGCAAGGGUAUUGAAGAUAACCUUUAGGACCCCCUUUCUCCAGUCUCCAGAAGUGCCAGGGGGCAGAUGUUGCCCCCUCCCUCAUCAGGGCUGACUCUGGGCUCCACAGCCAGCUCCCCCUGGCUCCCAGGCACCUUAUCCAGUACUGUGUAAAAGAGACUGUCCAGUGGGACCAACCAAGCAACUUUCUCUCCCACCCGAGACAACCCUUGAGCUUUUCAUUUACUCAAGCUCUGUGGGGCAGCCUUUUUUUUUAAAAUUAAUCUAUGUUGGUUGGCAAACCAGCCACAAGCCACUGACUACAGAACUGCCUGAUGCAAUUGACUUCCUCCUGGUUUUCUUUCAUUAAAACCACCCUAAGUUGACUCAUUCUUGCCUGUUAACGUUAAAUCCAAGGAGCCUAACAUACAGGCUCUGUGUCUGGUCUUUGGCAUUGACUCCUGAUGCUUCCAGCACACCAAAGGAAAGAGCCAGGGGAAACACCACCACUGAGGGUUCUCCAAUUCCCCCAUCUCCAAAGUUGAGUUCUUUGGGGGAAGAAAAGGUACGUAGCCUGCAGUAUGCUGGUUAAACCCUUUCCUGAUUGGCAGUUACAGAACUAGGAGUCAAGUUAUUGGUGCCAAAUAGCUGCAGAUCUGAUAGGUUGGGGGCUGGGUGUUGAACUUACUUAACAGAAGACUGCGAGCAGAACACUGUGGUCAUCUCCACUAGGCUAGCAAGUGAUCACAGGAGAGGCAGUUUAUAGAAGCUGGGGCAAGGUUGUAAUACAAAGACGGGGAAAUGCCCGUCCUGGGUGCAUUUUCUAGUCUGUUGCCAACCUGGGAGCUUUGGGUGAUCAAAGAUGUGGUUAGUGGGGGCUGUGUACAGCGUCCUAGCUCUUUCUUCACAAGGCAAAUGCACUAAGUUGGUUUACUGCCUCAGCCUUGCCAGCUCUGGUCCUGGGAUGUACACAGGUUUGAGGGUUUCAGACAAUCUCUAGGUAGGGGAGACAAAGAGAUAGAGCAGACACAGAAAUCUGCUUCCCUACUGUGCCUACUCCAGCAUCCCAACCUCGAAUUCCUAAGUACCUCUAACGUACUGCUUCAUAGCUCCUCUCAAGGAGUUCAGAUCCAACUGGUAUGGAAGGACUCUGCAUCUAUUGUUUUAGGGAAGAAAUGGUUCAAACCCAUGUGGCGACGUUGCAUUAGUCUCCCUCUCACUGUUUUCUGAUUCUUCUUCUGUAAUUGUUUGUUAUAUUUCCCCAAAAUGUCUUAGUCACUAAGCAAAGCUGCUAGUGGGAUUCUGUAUUUCAUGUCAUCUUUUUUAUUAUAAUUUAUUGCAAAUUUUUUUCUGAAUAAAUAUAUGUUGUGUGAAAAAUCAAA